AUGCGACAAGAACCGCCCGAGGGCUGCAGCGCCAGCCCGCUCAGCGAAGAGAACCUCUUCGUGUGGGGCGCCACCAUCUUCGGUCCGCCAGAGACCCCGUGGGAAGGCGGCGUGUACAGCUUACGUCUCACUUUCAACGAGCAAUACCCCGAAAAACCCCCCCGCGUUCGCUUCACCGCAGAGAUGUUCCACCCCAACGUCUACACCGACGGCACCCUCUGCCUCGACAUCAUCCAGGACAAGUGGUCCCCCAUCUACACCGUCAACACCAUCCUCACCUCCAUUCAGUCGCUCCUCACAGACCCCAACCCGUCUAGCCCGGCAAACCCAGAGGCCGCGCAGCUGUACAAUGCAGAUAGGAACGCCUACAAGAAGAAGGUCCGCCGAUGCGCCUCCAAGAGCGUCGAAUGUUAG